AUGGCUGCCACCGAGAAGAACCCUCAAGAGCUGGAAAAGGCCACCAAGCUCAACCAUGUGCCCAAGGGCGAGGAGUACGACAAGAUGAUCUCUGGCAUGCUAUAUGACGCAUUCGUGCCGGAGCUCCAAGCGGUCCGCUUCAAGGCGAGGAGAUGGGCCAUGAACUACAACAACCACUACCCCGCCGUCGAGACCUUUGACGAGGUCGCAGCAGAGCGCCUCCUCCUGCUGAAGCAGGUCAUCGGCCACAUUGACGACGACGAGGUCAUCAUCGAGUCGCCCUUCUCCAUUGAUUACGGAUGUAACAUCCGCCUUGGCAAGCGCUUCUAUGCCAACUUCAACCUGACCAUCUUGGACUGCGCGAUUGUCACGAUUGGCGACCGCGUGGCCAUGGGACCCAACGUGUCUAUCAUCGCCGCCACGCACGAGACUGAAGUCGAGAGUCGUCGGCAGAACAUCGAAUUUGCCAAGCCGAUUACGAUUGGGGAUGAUUGCUGGAUUGGUGCGCAGGUGGUCAUCUUGCCCGGGGUGACGAUUGGCGAGGGCUGCACCAUUGGCGCGGGGGCCGUGGUGUCGAAGGAUAUUCCCGCCUGGAGCGUUGCGUUGGGCGUACCGGCCAAGGUGGUCAAGAAGGUGACACCACUGGAGAAGACGAAGGAAUGA